UAGUAUAGUUUAUGACGAAAGAUUGGCCAAAUAGUUUUACCCUUAAUUCAUAGAUGGAAGCACCAAGCUGUAUAGUAAUUUAGUCGUAACGUGUACGUAUUGUUUACACGUUUUGGUCGUAUGUCGUAGUUGUUUCUUCUGCUCAUCGUGCUCGGUUGCGUUCUUGAAUGCAAAAUGGGUGAUAGGGCUUUAACCGAUAAGGAGUUGGAGGGAAUAAUUAAUAAUAUGAGCGAUUGUGAAUACGAAUCGGACGUCGAUGACUCAGUGGGUGAUCCAGACUUCGAGAAUUUCAGUUCAUAGUGAUAGUGAAUUCGAUGCUAGCACUGCAAGAAAAAGAAAGAAGCUAGAAAUUUGUGUGGAAGCAAAUGCAAAUGUCGGGGCUAUAGACACUCCUGUUGACAGUGAAGUGAAUUUGUCUGAAAGCAGCGAGAGUAGCUCAGAUGAGUGCAGCCCCAACAGAGAUGUAAGUGGAUCACAUGAAGUUCGAGUUAUCUGGAAUGAUUGUUCAGGUCCAGAACCUGCCUUGGAGGUGCCCAAAAGCACAAUAAAGAAGCAAGUCAAAGAAUGGAGUCGGUUAGGGGGCGUAUCUGCAGUGCCUUUUGCUCCGUUCCUUCAGCAAGUAAAAGAGGAGAAUCAUGAAGGUUCAAACAUCGGUGCUGGCGAUACGGCGACGGUGUUGUCGCUCUCGCUUCGGCUGAAUUGUUUUCAAACAUGA